GUCAGGCUCAGGACUGAGGGAAGAUGGCGGCCGCCGAGCAGAGCUCUAAUGGGCCAUUCAAGAAGUCAAUGCGGGAGAAGGCGGUAGAACGCAGAAAUGUGAAUAAAGAGCACAACAGUAACUUCAAAGCCGGAUACAUUCCCAUUGAUGAAGAUCGUUUGCAUAAAACUGGCCUGAGAGGCAGGAAAGGCAACUUAGCCAUUUGUGUGAUUGUCCUCCUGUUUAUCUUGGCUGUCAUCAACUUAAUUAUCACAUUGGUCAUAUGGAUUGUCAUUCGUAUUGGUCCUAAUGGCUGUGAAAGCAUGGAAUUUCAUGACAGCGGCCUUCUCCGGUUUAAACAAGUCUCUGACAUGGGCGUAAUACAUCCAUUAUACAAGAGCACCGUGGGUGGACGACGCAGUGAAGAUCUGGUGAUCACAGGCAACAAUCAGCCGGUGAUUCUUCAACAAGGUUCGACUGUAUUGAAAGUGGACAAGAAUAAGACCUCCAUUACUAGUGACAUCGGCAUGGAGUUUGUGGACCCUCGAACGCAAAACACUUUGUUCAGCACAGAUUAUGAGAAACAUGAAUUCCAUUUGCCAAAAGGAGUAAAAACGCUGAAUGUACAAAGAGCAUCUACAGAAAGGAUUACCAGCAGCGCAAGCAGCGAUCUUAAAAUAAAUGUUGAUGGACAAAUCACUGUCCGUGGAAAUGAAGGAGUCUUUAUAAUGGGAAAGACCAUAGAUUUCCGGACUGGUGGAAACAUUGUACUAAAAGCAGAAAACAGCAUAAUUCUGAAUGGCAGCGUGGUGGUCACUCCUUCCCGGUUACCUACUUCCACAGGGGAGCUGAUGUACGAUGACGGGACGGAGCGUUACAAGCUCUGCAUGUGUGCAGAUGGGACUCUGUUCAGAGUACUGGUGGAGAGUCGUAACAUGGGUUGCCAAACCUCAGUUAACCCUUGUGGAGCCACAUUUUAAAGAGUGAAACCAAGACAUCAAUUCAUGCAAACACUUUCAGUAUUUGUUCUGUGUGUGAACUGUUGGGGUACUGUAUUAUAUUUUGCAGCCUGUUUUACAAUGCUAUCUGUCUGCUUCAGUAAUUCAGAAUUAUACCUCACAUCCAGGUAUUUGCAGUCUUUCUGUCAGGGAAUGUAUCUAGGACAUGUCUUUAUUGUACCUACAUAAAAAAUUGUAGGGGAAGUAUUUCCUGACAUAACCUUUCAAUACCACUUGGCUUGUUUAAAGCUUUUCCGGAAGGCUGAUCAUACAUAUAAGAUAACUCUGGGCUGAACGCCAUCCUUCCUGAUCACCCCAUACACAUGUGUGGUCUGCUGGGCCAAGAAUUCAUCUUUUGUGAAUAGGUGAGGGGAGAAAGCUCAACAAAAUCAUUGGGCUAUUGACAUCCAAUUCCCCAAUCCUUAUCCUACCCAACAUCUGCCACCGAGGGAGGGUUGGGAGACCCCCACAUACAUUAGCAGGUGUAUCUGACACACAUCUAAUGCGUAUGGCCAUCUUAUGGAGAGUUUCAGACUUUUUUUUAUUGUAGAGAUCAUUUUUCCACCUCCUUUUGAAAGUGUCCUUUCUAUCUUAUCUUACAAAUCUUAGAAAUGUAUACAAUCUUAUACAAAACUUUCAGCAGCCCCUGUCAAAUGACGUAAGGUUAAAGUAUUCUCCUGUCUUAGCACUGCUCUUUCUGUCACCAGGGUUGGGUGAAUAUGACAUGGAAGCCGUAUGCUGUAUAUGAGCCUGGUGAAAUGUGCUCAUGUGUGCAGCAGUAGUUGAUUAUUUACCAAGAGCCGCUAUCUAAAGACUACAGUAUACACAAAUCUAGUUUGGGACUUUUCGAUUUGUACAUGUUUUCCAUUUUUGAUUGAGAAGCAGCAUACGUUCAGUUGCUUCUGUUUACUUGUAGGCUUUGCAGUUAUGUGAGCCUAAAGACCCCUUUACACAACCAAAGAACAGGAGGGAGCAGUCCUGAUAAUUGCCCUGUAUAAAGGUGCUGCCGAUCACGAGAUGAACAAGCUUGUUCAUUGGGUGAAAGCAAGAAAUCAUGCUGUCUAAACAGAGAUCUGCUGCCCAGAAACAAUGAUUCUCUAAUGGGUAUACGCAAUUGCAGCAGCAAUCCCUCGUCCCCAUUCAGUGGAGGAGAUUGUUGAACUUAAAUGCAUGUAUGCAGGCAUUUAUCAGGAACAAAUGGAUUGUUCCCAAUAAUUGCCUGCUGUGUCGGCCUGUGUAAAGGGGCCUUAAGGGUUGUCACACACAUUAGAUUUGAUCCUGCAGCCAACUAUGUAAUAUGUAUGUGGGUCUUCCAACUCUCCCCAGGAGAAAGUUUAAUUGAGAAUGCAGGCUUUCAAGCUGCUCAGUUUUUUGUUCCCUAGGGAGAUAUGGCGCUCCUGAUAAGGCAGUGACAUAUUCCCCUCUCCACAUUAAAUAUGGAGAGUCCAGAAGAAUAGCUGUCACUUGAACGAUUUUUAAGUAUAUGGCCACCUUUCUGUUUUUACGGACACUACACCAGCCAGCAA